AUGGCAAAAAUUUCUGGAAUAAUUGUAAGCAUCUCUUUCUCUCUAUUCGCCUCCGGCUUCUUUCUCGGCCCCUUAAUUGACGGCCUACAUUCGAGAGUCAAUCUCGUCGUCUACCAAACCGGUGCCAUUGAUAUCGGCCCUCUCCACACCAACAUAUGGGUGCCUCCUUUACUUGGAGUGUUUUACUGCAGUGUGGGGGUGUUGCAGUUAAUCCUAGAUGAGAUGUUCUCUCCUAAUGAAGAGGGUAGUCUUGAUAAAGUAGUUGCUUCCCUUAUAGCUUUGGUUGCGAUAAUAGAAUUGAGUGCUGAAAUGUACAAAAGUGGAGUGGCGGACAAUAUUGAAGCCUACAUGUUAUUUGCCGGGGCUCAGCUUAUAUGGGCCUUGUUAGAUAAGACAACGCUUGGAUUCGCACUUGCUUCCCUCGUUGGUAUUGCUUGCCCACUUGCGGAGAUUCCCAUCGUCAAGUUAUGGCAUCUAUGGUACUAUCCCGGAGCUAAUGUUGAGAUUUUCGGAGAGGGGAUAGUGAGUUGGACCAUUGUUUGUUAUUUUGUGUAUACGCCCUUCUUGAUCAAUCUAGCCCGUUGGAUCAAAACUCUUCUUGCUUCUAAACAAGGAUCCUAGUUUUGUUUCUUACAACAAUCAUAUCCACAUCGAGGUGUAUAAAUGUAUGUAUGUCUUGCAAUGAAUUGUAUCAAAACAAUGUAUAAAAUUAUAAAUGAUAGCAGUUUUUUACUCCCA